AUGUCCCUUAUACGCUUUCUGUCGCCUCGUCACCGUCGCCUCCUUCCAAACGGUCCUCUAGUGUUGGCAUGCAUUGCUUUGAUCGGCACAAGCAUAUGGAUUUAUCCUUCUACGGGUCCUAUUUCUGGAGGGGUACUGGGUGUCGAUGGUGGCGAAAGCCCCAAGUUCCUGUUGGUGCAAUGCCACCGCGGUCAAUUCUCGAACCGGCUGAAGUGCUUGAAACUUGGGAUUCUGUUGGCUAGAACUCUCCAACGCGUGCUUGUGAUGCCGAUGUUUACGGACGUUGUACCUAUGGUGGACGUGUCCAAGUACGUUAGCUUGGAGUGCUUGAGGCGGAACUCCCAGGCCGUAACUUUUGAUGAGUUUCGUGAGCACAUUUGCCAUGCUGUGGGCCUGGAGACGCCGCAGCCAGCCUCAGCAGGCACCGCACGGCCUGUGGGAAAUACCACACCAGCAGACCUUCGACGGGGUGCUUUUUGUGAGGAUGACUCGGUGCUUCAGCUGGAAACGGGCUUCAGCCUCGAAGACUACCGUGGUUACAACUGCUGGAACCGUCGGGAAGAUCUGACAAACGCACGCGAUCUGGGCAUCCAGGUAUCUGGCUGCACUCACGUGCCCCCCGCACCCGAAGCACAUUCGUACAGCCUGGCAGAAAUUCGGAGGAACUUCGCUGGCCGGACGGAGAAGGUGAUGCUGUUUCUGGACCUCUUUGGCGUCAACCUGUUGCCUAAUUUGGCAGACCUGGCAGACACGAUUGCGGAGCCUCGGCAGGUGUGCAGCUGGAUGCCUACCGAGGCGGCAGCGGCGGCCGCUGACUCAGUCAUGCAGAUCCUCAUUCCGCCACAGCAGCUGCCGCUGGGGAUCGCCACAGCUGCUGCUGCUGCUGCUAUCACUGCCGCUGGCGGCAGCGCAGCGGCUGCCGCCGCUGGCGGCAUCGGCAGCCUGAGCCUGCCUGCCCUAUUAGACCCCACAAGCCAUCGCACUUUGUCGAUGGGCGCAUCAGAUUCGGCACUGGAGCCGCCGCCUGUGCGCCUGCGUGGCGCACGUCGUUACGCGGCCGUGCAUCUGCGUCGCGCCGAUUGGUUUUACUACUGCGGCGGUUCGGGCCACUGCUUCUACAGCAUAGCGGAGGCUGCGGCCUGGCUGAACGAGACCUUGGCGGCGCGGGGCCUAGACACGCUUUACGUCGCCACGAACGCGGACAGCCGGGAGAAGAUGAUGCUGCGGCGGGCAGUGGCGGCCAGGGUGCUGUUUUGGGAGGACGCCCUGGCGCAGCUGCUCAGCUGGCAAGCAGGAAGAGCGGAGUCGGCAGCGAUGAAAGCGGCAGCGGAAGUGGUAGGGCCCGAGGAACAGGACGGCUCGGGGGCGGGGCCGGGGGCAGGUGGGGAGGAGGGUGCUCACCGACCGCAGCGGUCGGUGGAGGAGGCGGCCGCGCCGCUGCCGCGGUGGCUGCAGUCGCUGCCACUAGACGACGAGUUGAUGGUGCAGAUGGUGGAGAAGGCAAUCUGCAUGCAGUCAGCGUUCUUUGUGUCCUCCAUAGGUUCGACGUUCAGCAGCCAGAUCCAACACUUCCGCAACGGCGGUUUGGAGGAUGUAGAAUGGGGCGUGAUCGAGAGUAAGUUCCCUGCGCUCGUGACCCCGUGGACGGCGGAGACGGCGACGGCCAUGGCCAACGCCAACGCCCUUCCCGACGGCAGCGGCGGCGACGGCGCCAUUGCGACGGAGGGCAAGUUUGUAUCUUUGCGAGAGGGCGCCACGUUUCUCUGCGACAUGCAGCCGCCAAAGUACCCCGACCAGCGGCGUCUGCCGGACUACCACAACCCUAGGGUCUUUGUAGAGCAGAUGACGAAUUUAUUAUCGCCACUGCGCAGCGCGGUGCUUGGGCUGUGGCAUCGAGUCGUGAAGGGCGAGUCGGCGUCGGAUGCGCCGAUGGCGGCAGCUUCACCGCCGCCACCGGCGCACGGUCGGCAUUGGCCCACGCUUUCCCAGGCCCUGCUGAGGGCGCCGGUGCGCGUCCUGGAAUGGCUAUCUCUCGUAGUGGCGGACGGCCAUGCGAUGGCUGCGGCCAACCGCUUCGUGGACAUGUACACGGGCGGCGCAAUGGUGGCGUUGCUGGUGGAAGGGCGGGUGCAGGUGCCAGCAGCGGCGCUGGCGGACUGUGUGGUGGCGGCGGCAGCGGAGGCGGGCGCGGUGAGCCUCCAUGUGACGCUGGUGGAGGUGCCCGCGGACCAGCAGGUGCUGCUGAUGCAGGAACUGGAGGGGCGGACGGAGCUGGGACAGGUUACUCGCAUGGGCGGACCAGGCCAGGAGCGCGAAAACACGUUCACGCUUCUGUGGCGAGGAGAGGGUCUCAGUCGGCACGCCGAGCCCGCCCUCCUGGAGGAGCUGCCGACCUUUCUUGAACGAGUGGACGCCUACGUGUUGGCCAAGGCACGGGUGUUGUUGGGUGAUAGCCGCGGGUUGCUCUUCCGCCAGUCUGGCAAACUGCAUUAUUGCAGAACUGGAAUUGGGUCAUGUGAAAAGACGGAGUGCUUCGGCGGUUUCUUACCCACGGGGGGCCCGGGUGGCGUCCCCCGGCUGUAG